AGCAAACAAAGAAAGUAAACUGAUAGUAAUUCCAAACGGUAAAUGAAAAAAUAAAAAAAUUAGGCCGGAUCAACAUGGUAACCAUUGCGUCAUGCGCAGUUGCUAGGAUCAGCAGUCAGAUCUGUUCAUCACUGAGAACGUGGACGUAUAUUGCAAUCAUACGCUGAUGAUGCGCAUGCAGCUGUACUACAUACUCCACUCCACCCGCUGAGUCUCACUCUGCUACCAGCACCAUGUAGUCUGUAUUAAUGAAGUCAAAGACUGGAUGAUACGCGUCAAAGAAACUGAAAUUCAGUGAUGAUAGAUAGUAUAUAUAGCUAUGCUCGAGAAGAAGAAAUCCAUUCCAAUAGAGUUGAUUAUCAAGGAGAGAGCUGCCACCUACUACUACAAAACGCAAUGUCUCCUUCCAGACCAUCCAGUGCGGCGGGUCCACUCUCAACCACACAGACACAGAACAGGUCGUCCUACCCCUCAACCAACUCUACAGCAUCAUGUCCAGCAGUUAGAAAGAACCAAAGGAGCACAGAUCAACAUAACGGCUCCCUACCCACUAGCUGACUUAGCAACUCCUCCCUGGUUGUUUCCACAACCGAUUAUAGACACUGGUCUCUCUCAAUUUAACAAAGAGGAACAACAACAUCUCAUCACCUCUGAGAUCAGACUCAGACUAUAUACCAUCUACAGGGAUUAUGUACAAAUAUACACAGAUGGCUCCCACAACCCAGAGACAUUUGAGUCUGGUCUAGGAGUCUAUAGUCCUGAUUUCAUUAGCCUUUCUCUCAAACUACCAAAUCACACCUCCAUUUUCACUGCUGAAAUGACUGCCAUACAGACAGCCCUUGAGACUGUCCACCACACAAUGGGAACCAUCACCAACCAUCAUUUCUUAGUACUCUCAGACUCUCUUUCUUCGCUCCAGGCUAUUCAAAAUUUAUCGUCUGGAAGACUAGACAUUGUUUUUGGUAUAUUGUCCACCAUAAACAAAAUCACUGCUGGAUAUGGUGCAGUCAGUUUCCUUUGGGUUCCCUCCCAUAUUGGGUUAAAAGGGAACGAGGAAGCUGACAAAUUGGCUAAAUUGGCUGUUACUCCAUCCAUUACACGAAACAUUAGUACCCUAAACAUCUCUAUUUCACCUGAGGAGAGGAGAGUGGCUUUAAAGCCAGCGAUACAAUCACGGUGGAUUGAGAUGUACAAGCUUUCGGGUAAAGGUAAUAGGAGAUUGCUAGCUGAUUGCCCCAGUCAUACACUGAUAUAUUUUGGUGCCAAUCGAUUUAGUCAAUCAAAGAUAGCCAGAAUGAGGCUUGGCGGGGAGUAUUUCACCACUUGUAGAUUACAACCUCUUACAUGCACGUGUGGGGUUAGGCUCAGCACUUCCCAUGUGCUCUUAGAGUGUCAUGAACUUAAAGAUGAUAGAGUUGUCCUAAGUCAGGUCUUACAUAAUCACGGGCUAUCCUUAACCUUUGUCUCCUGUCUUAACCCACCUAAAGAUAUAUGGCACACCGUACUGUCAUUGGUGGUGUCAAUGGUGGCUCACCACCCGUGUGGUAAAUUUCUUUAAGCAGGUUUAAAUAGGUUAGGCUAAGCGUAAUGAGGGUCACUUUGAGUGAGUGUUUCGUGAUAUGUUUGUAUAGGAUUAGGCUACCUACCUGGUGGUUUUUUUUUUUUUUUUGUUGGAACUGGGGCUCAGCCCAUUGUUUUGACAGAGCGAUUGGAUGAUUCGUUUGUGUACUAGAUAGCCUAAGUAGUAAACAUAUGGCAACAACUCUGUGACGCUGCACCACCUCUGCGACCCUGGCAGACCUCUGGACCAUCCUAUGCCAAUUUAACUUGGUUCAUAUAACCUGAGCUUGCUGGCUACGUGGUCGGCAUCUUCUCUCCCUUCCUUAUCCCCCCCCUUUUUUAUUUUUAUUUUUAUUUAUUUUUUUUUUCUG